AUGGGGACAACCAUAGCCCUUACUGUCGUGAUGGGUUUACCUGGUGCAGGUAAAUCAACUCUGUGCGAAACUCUUGCCUCAGCAUCCAGCGAAAACCCUGAUCUUGAAGGUUUCAUUUUCAUUCAUGUUUGUUUUGACACUUUGAUUCCAUUGUCCCUUCAAGAGAAAUUUGUCGAGGCUAAAAAAGCAGGAGUUGAAGAUACGGCUGAGAGUUGGAAACAGGCUAGAUUGGAAGUUUACUUGAAUGUUGAUAAAUUAGUUAGUUGUUUGAAGACUGAUUAUUAUGAUCCUGGCGUCUUUAAGUCUUUUAAUGUACAUAGAACCUGUAUAGGGAAAGACUCUAAGUUUGUUAUUCUUCUAGACGAUAAUUUUUAUUACCGAAGCAUGAGGUAUGAGUAUUAUCAGUUAGCUAGAAAACACACAGUUGGAUUUAUGCAGAUGUAUAUUGAUAUUAAUUAUAAUGUUGCCAUAAAGCAAAACUCGAAUAGAACCCAAAGAGUUCCUGAAGCUGUAAUACAAAGUAUGGCAGAGAAGUUUCAGCCUCCAAAACCAACAGAAAAUAGGUGGGAAGAUCCAACUUUUGUGACAGAGUCUUCAGAUGGAACAGACUUAAAGGCUCUCUGGGAUAUGAUAUUACUGAGUAUGUCAUCUCCAGUAUUGCCAGUUGAGAACAAUGAAUUGGAGAAAGAAGAAGCCAGACUCAUAUGCUCACGUAAUGUUGCCCAUCAGGCUGACUUGUAUUUGAGAUCCCUUGUUGGUAAAACUAUAAAAGAAGCACAGAAUACUAGUCCCAAGAAUAACAAAGAUUUUGCUGCUCAGGUUAAUACAGCUCGUCAGUUGGUCAUGGCAUCGGUACGUAAAGGUUCACUUCUGUUUCCACCAAGCAUAGCAGAAAACAUUGAUGAUACUAAUAAGGAAUCUUUUGAAAAGUUUCUUCUAGAAGAAUUCAAAAGGAAUUUGUAAUAUAGUGUAUUGUAAUUAAACUGUGGAAGUUUA